UACUGCCGAACAACAGGGGCGGGCGACUCCCGUAUUUUGUUCGUCGCCCCCUCGUGGCCUCCUCUCUCCUUCGUUUCUGCGGCAAUAGGUCGAACAGUUUGAAGGCGAUUCCCCAAUCAAAUCCAAUUCCACUGGUGAAUAAAUACCAUCAUUACUACCAUUUCCGAUCCCCCUACGAUGCCCAUCGCCGCUGCUUCGAUGAGAAAGAAGGGGAAGCAAAUCUCGCUCCCCCCCAUCGCCAUAUCCUCCUCUUCCGAGGAAGAAGAUGAAGAGGAAUCCGAGGAGGAAGAGGAGGAGGACGACGACGACGACGAUGACUCCGAUGAUGAAGAUUAUGAUGGGGAAGAUGACGAUCCCGAUGAUGAUGAUGUAGAAGAAGAAGAAGAUAGUGGCGGUGAUGAUGAUGAAGACGACGAUGACAACGACAACGAAGGAGAAGAAGAAUCCAGAGAUAGGAAGCUUCUGGACGAAGAGGUCUACGACAAAAUCGUCGAUCUCCUCCGCAGGCGGAAAAGUUUAGAUCACCUGAAAUUGGAAGAGUGCAAGGUCUAUUUGAGGAAGCACAGGCUAAGACUGGGUGGGGCGAAAGGUACAUGCAUAGAAAGAAUUCUGGAGCACUGGAGGAUUAAAGAUGGGAAUGGUGAAAAACUCUAUCCAAAAUCAUCCUUUUCUAUGAAUUGUACAGGUGAUGUAUGUAGAGGUGAUAUCAUCUUAUUCAAGCAGAGAGUUUAUCGGAAAUUUGGUCUAGCUAGGAGGGGUGCAGAUAUUAUAGGGAAAAGGGUAGUUGCAGGAAGAGUUGUGAAGGAAAGUUAUGGUGCAGAUAAGCAGCAACAUACGUUUACUGUUGAAGUCCUGUGGAGCAAGGGUGUGAAACCAUUGCCGCCGUUAUUUCCUUUACUCGUGAAGGGGCGUAACCUCUACAGAUUGAAGACUUUUCGCCAGCUUCAUUCAAUGACAGCCGCAAAUCCAAGUCAUAUUAAACAGUGCUGGCAAAAUGAAGCAGAGAGAUUGGAAGUUCUGGCAGAGAAGCAUAAAAGGGGAGCAGCAGCAAGACAAGUGCGAGCAAUUGCGAAAGCUAGGACCGCACUGAGGGGUUCAAAACGCGCAAGAAAAUCAUUCGACAAGGAUCUACCUCCUAAGAAACACAGGAAGAAAGAGCGUGAAGUUUCCUCUGGAGAACAGAAACUGAAUGCUUGUGGUGGCAAGGCUCAAUAUGAUGGCCGGAGAAAAGCUAACCAAGUCGCCGCCAAGGGAAGACACUUGAGUUUAUCAGGCCAGCAUACGAAACAAGCCAAUUAUCAAAAUACAACUCAUAUACAGCAACAAUUUUACCAAAGAAAUCCUAUCUACAUUGAUCAUCGACGUAGCACAACCUGGCAAUUGAAUCAAGAUAAUAACAUGGCGCCAUCCCAUACAAGUACAUGGAACAUUCAUGGUCUCAUGGGCAAUGUUGGUAUUCGCUCGAAUGCGUCAGGGGAAUUUCAUCGAACAAUUAGCAGGGCAAACUACGUGAGCCAUCCUUACGGUGAUCCAAUGUACUACUCUGGUCAGCCGAUCUCAGGCCCCGUCUUGAUGACUCCAGAUUUUGUUAGGGGGCCUUUUAUGUCGCCUCCAAGAAGUCAGUUCCAUCGGCGGAGAUGACAUCUCACAUUGCAUUGCUAUCCAAUAAUGUACCGUCGAACACAGUUUCUUUCUUCUGUUUAGCCCGUAAGGCUGUUGCGUACCAACUGAAACAGCCUCUCCUUGUUCAGAAUCCUUGCAUCAAGAUGUGAUGAAUUUUGAUGUUUUAGGGCAUGCAUUUGAUUGAAAGUUUUUGGGGGUGACAAAAGUCUGACUUGUAUUUCUGUUCAUAACAAGGAUUUGUAGAAAUGAUGAAUUAAGCGCUUUCCCUUGUGUAUGUGAUAACAAGAAAUGUUUGUUGGAGAUAUUUCCCGUCCUUUUCUAUGCAAGAUGAGGCCAGCUAAAUAACUGAUUGAUGCGCUAAGCGUCUUUUAUCA